GGAGAAGGAGGAGGAAGGCGGGCGGGGCGGCUCGGUCACCUCAGCGGGAGCGGCCGCAGGUGCCUGAAGCCGAGGGACACCGGGCAGCCUCCUCCCAGCACAGGGCGGCCUCGCUCCGCCUGGGGGGCCGGUGGCGGAGGAGGCUCGUCCACCUGUGGCGACUGCGGGAUGGCGGAGCUCGCCCUCAGCCCCGCCGCCGUGCUGGGCUUCCUGAGGGAGCGCGGCGGGUGGGUGCGCAACGCCGAGCUGCUGGGAGCCUUCCGCCCGCUGCUGGAGGCCGCCGGGGACGCGGCGGAGCGGGCGGAGCGCCGGGAGCUCUUCAAGCGCUCGGUUAACGCCGUGGCCACGGUGAAGGAGCGCGACGGCGCCAAGUUCGUCGUCCUCAAGAGGCACCUGCGGCCCCCACCGCCGCCCGCGGGCGUCCCGAUGGACGGCGGCGGGCCCCCGCCUCAGGGGCGGCUCUCGCCGUCGCCCCCCGAGGAGCUGAGGUCGCCCUCCGAGGAGCUGCCAUCACCCCUCGAGGAGCAGCCGUCGCCCCCCGAGGCUCUGCAGUCGCCCCUCGAGGAGCAGCCAUCGCCCCCAGAGGCACUGCGGUUGCCCCCUGAGGCGCUGAAGUCAUUCCCCGAUGUUCUGCCGUCACCCCCCGAGGAGCAGCCGUCACCCCUCGAGGCACUGAAGUCGCCCCCCGAGGUGCUGCCAUCGCCCCCCGAGGAGCAGCCGUCACCCCUUGAGGCGCUGAAUUCGCCCCCCGAGGAGCAGCCGUCGCCCCGUGCCGUGUCCGAGCUCCGUGGCCUCUUCCAGAGGAGCGGCGGUGGCGGGGUGCCCCUGCCCGCCGGCGGGUCCGGGAGCCGUCGGGAGCCGGUGCCCAAGCCCUGCAUGCUGCCCGUGCGCUGCGUGCCGUCACCAGCCGCUGCCCCAGAGCAGCCCAAGGAGCCCGGAGCCGCCUUGUCGCCCUUGCCGGAGGAGGACGAGGCCGGGUGCCGCUCGCCCAACCUGCGGCGGGUCCCCAAGACGCUGCGGGCCAGCGAGGAGCCGGCAGCGGUGCCGCUGGAGGAGGCCGAGCACCGCUGGCUGGUGAUGGCGGCCGAGGGGCAGUGGUCCCAGCAGCUCCACGGGCUGCUGCUGGGCGACGCCAGCCUGGCGGCCCGGCGGGACUUCAUCUCGGGCUUCACCGCCCUGCACUGGGCCGCCAAGAACGGCAACUGCGACAUGGUGAGGAACAUCAUCGAGGUGGCGCAGAAGGAGGGCACGCACGUCGACGUGGACGCCAGGUCGCACGGCGGCUACACGGCGCUCCACCUUGCCGCCAUGCACGGCCAGGAGACCGUCAUCAGCAUGCUGGUCCGCAGCUACCACGCCAAGACCGACCUGAGGGACUACAGCGGGAAGAAGCCGCACCAGUGCUUGAGGGAAGGGGCCUCCAUUGCCAUCAGGCGCUUGCUGGGGGACCCCAGCCUCGAAAUCACUGGGGGAUCCUCCCUGCCCAUAAAGAAGAGCACCAAGAUCGCUGCUUCCAUCCUGAGCUCCACCAGUACGUUCCUGGGGGUCAUAUCCGAUGACAUGGCUUUCUAUGACCUCACCAAAGGCUUGAGGAAGCCUUCGUCCCUGAACAAGCUCCUGGCUGCCACGACAGGCCCGAGGAGGAAGCCAAAGACCAGAGGGAGCUUCCCUUCGUAUUGUUCCCUCUCGGAGGUGGCGGAGGAGGAGGAGCAAGAGGAGGUCGUUGUGAAACGCCGGCCGGUCUCCGAGCUGUUCUUUGGCCACUAGCCACUGCCUUCUGGGGAUUGGAAUUGUUCAAUACUGUGACUGGGGGCCUUGGUCUUCUCUUGAAGAAGUAAAUUAGAUUUCUUCUCUCCGUGUCUUUCUUCUUAGAAGUAAGUUCCAGUGAGCCAGUAACAGGGUCUGGCUCAAAGGCCGCCAGCUGAAACCCAGUUCUCAGAAGCCUGAGGGAAGGAGACUGCGCAGGGAAUGUUACAGACAGUCCUUGUGCCCUGCUGAUGCAUUGGUGAAGGCCACGGACUCUGUGUAGACAGGUUAAAAUGCUUAAGGUGCAGCUUCCUUGGUCUGUGCUCCUCAGCCGAAGAGCCAAACUAAGGUAAAGAAGUGCAGAUUUUACACUGUGAACAGCAGCCUGGGAGCCGGCUGCUUGAACACGGCUUGUUACCUAGCAGGCUCGCGUUCGAGGAAAGAUGCAUAGUUUUCUAUGACGUUUCUGAAUGUUUUGGUAACAGAGGAGGAAUAUUUCUAUUUUAAAAUUGUGUAUUUUCAAAUUGUGCUUUUUUCAGAACGAAAUUUCUCACUACCAGAAAUACUAACGUGUCUUAAUUGUUGCCUAAAGCAUUUUAUUAGAUUAAGAGGUUAAAAAAGAAAACACCCUCAUUGCUCAGUCACUCUGACCUGUCUACCUCAGUGUGAAGCCUAGGUUAGCUUUUUUAUUUUUAUUUUUCCUCUUCCUGAGGGACUUUUUGACCAGGUGGUACUAACUAACCAUGUCUCAAAACUGUGAAUGCUUAAACUGACUGUAGUACUGUCGCUUAAUCUGAGUGAAAACCUUUUUGUUAUUUGAUAGCAAAAAAAUGAAGUGGAAAACCAGGAUGCAGAUCCUGUGCAGUGUGAGUAGCCAACUGGAAACAGAGUUAGGCUUGUACGUCUGAUUCUUUUUAUUUAAAAUCUGAACUUUGAUUUUGGACUACUUAUGAAAAUAUUUAUAAAGAGAUUGGGCUUUGUUCAGUGGGUGUUUCAUGAUAAGAUGUCUGCAUGACCUCUUAACGUGUAUCUCAACAGCAUGAAUCACGGAUCUAAAACUCACUUUUCUUUUGUAUUAUAAUUGUUUUAUAUAGAGAGAACGACGUGUAGCUCCAAACAGCAUGCUAACUGCGAGCAACACAUUUGCCAUGAGAUUGUUAUCAUUUUUUAAAUUAUGUGGCUAAAGUUAACCUGAGACGAAGAGGCAGAGCUAAGAGAAACUGUUUGGUUGCUUUGCACAGUCUGCUAAACCGCCUCAUUUUUCAUCUAAAACUAACAACAAAGCUGCAGAGCUCAGAGGUGACAGAGGUGACUAAGUUCUGUGCUUGCCGUGCUGCUGUCCCAGUCAGGUGUUUGGGUUCCUGUCCCAAAUACUUGUUUGCGUGCUUUGCCUCUCUGAGUCACUGACUCCAGGAAUGUGGAUUUUGGUUUUUGUUUCCAGCCUUGAAUUACGCCUCAUGCUUCCUCUUGUCGUCUGUAAUUGGCUUCCCCCAAACACUCUAGGACCGUGCAGGGUGUGGAGGCGCUGCCUUUGUUCCCUGCAGCAUCAGCCCCGAGGUCCCAGCAUUGGUCACUGAGCGCAGAAGGGUCCGAGCCAGCUGCUCUGGGAAGAGAAUAGGAUUAUUCUGCACCCGUCUGCUUCCGUACUGAACUAAUUAAGGUGUUACGCAAUGUUAAUGACCAAGCACCUCAUGACUUCUAUGUCUGGAGUAGUGUUAAAAAAAAAAAGUUCUGUUUGCUCCGUGGCUGGUGGUGUGAGCAGUGACCGGUGCGGUCGUCUGAAACUGCAGGGUGAGCUGCAGAGCUCCAGGAAAAACGUCUGUCGCUCUGUUUUAAAAAUCCUUUCUCAAUUUAGUGACAUUAAACACCUUUCUGCUGUAGCUUUUGAAACCA